AUGUCGGAGGAAGAUCAAAUUCAAUCGCAAGGCAACGACCAAGGCCAGUCGCAAGCCAAGGAUCAAGGUCAAAAUCAAGGUCAGGGGCAGCAAAAUUUCGGCCAAUACUACAACCCAAGUAACUUCCAGAAUUACCAGGGGUAUGUGCCUCAGGGAGGUUACCAGGCGUAUGGCCAACAGGCAGGUGGGUACCAAGGCUAUGCGCAAUACAACCAGCAAGCCGGCGGGUACCAGGGUUAUCAGGGAUACCAGCAGUACAACCCAGCACAAGCUGGCUACCAAGGUUACCAGCAAUACAAUGCGCAAGGUGGGUAUCAGAGCUACAAGCAGUACAACUCACAGCCACAGGGGAACCGUAAGGGGAACCAGAGCUAUGGUUACGGACAGGGCCAGUCAGCCACCGCUCCGGUGACGCUGAACAACUUUGAGAAGGGAACUGUGCCGAAUGCGACUGCUCCAAAACCAAAGAAGACCCUCAAGUUGGCUUCCAGCUCCGGUAUCAAGCUAGUUGGUGCUAAGAAACCUGUCGCGAAGAAAGAAGAGGCUAAGGCGGAGGAGCCAACAAAGGAGGAGCCUAAGAGCAGCGCAGAGGGCGCUCCUAAGAGUGAGGAUGCUACCGCUUCCUCUGAAGAUAAGGCAGUCCCAAGUAUUGAGAAGCUAAGUAUUUCGGAAGCCGAUACCGCGAAGAAAGACACAGCGGACGCGGCCGGUGCCACCUCAUCGGAUGCUCUGAUCAAGGAACAGGAAGACGAAGUUGAUGAAGAAGUUGUGAAGGACAUGUUUGGUGGAAAGGACCAUGUUUCUAUCAUCUUUAUGGGUCACGUCGAUGCGGGGAAAUCCACCAUGGGCGGAAACUUGUUGUAUCUAACCGGCUCGGUAGACAAAAGAACAGUUGAGAAGUAUGAGAAGGAGGCGAAGGAAGCAGGGAGACAGGGUUGGUACUUGUCUUGGAUUAUGGAUACAAAUAAGGAGGAGAGAAACGAUGGUAAGACCAUUGAAGUGGGUAGAUCCUACUUUGAAACUGAAAAGAGACGGUAUACCAUUUUGGAUGCACCAGGCCACAAAAUGUACGUCUCUGAAAUGAUUGGUGGUGCGUCUCAAGCCGAUGUUGGUAUAUUGGUCAUCUCAGCCAGAAAGGGUGAGUACGAGACUGGUUUUGAGAGAGGUGGACAAACGCGUGAGCAUGCGCUAUUAGCGAAGACCCAGGGUGUCAAUAAAAUGGUGGUCGUCGUGAACAAAAUGGAUGACCCCACGGUAAACUGGGACAAGGCACGUUAUGACCAGUGUAUUAAGAACGUCUCCAAUUUCUUGCAAGCUAUUGGCUACAACGUUAAGGAGGAUGUUAUGUAUAUGCCUGUUUCUGGGUUUACUGGUGCUGGUCUGAAGGACCGCGUUGACAAGAAGGACUGUCCUUGGUACGAUGGUCCUUCCCUUUUGGAAUACCUAGACAACAUGCAGCAUGUUGACCGCUUCAUCAACGCGCCUUUCAUGCUUCCAAUUGCAAGCAAGAUGAAGGAUAUGGGUACAGUGGUCGAAGGUAAAAUCGAAUCUGGUCAUAUUAAGAAGGGUAAUCAAACACUACUGAUGCCAAACAAAAUUCCAGUGGAGAUUCUAGCCAUCCAAAAUGAGACCGAACAGGAAGUUGAUAUGGCUGUGUGUGGUGAGCAGGUCAGAUUGAGACUGAAGGGAGUUGAGGAGGAAGACAUUUCUGCAGGUUUUGUUUUGACUUCGCCAAAGAACCCUGUCAAGAACGUCACGAAGUUUGUUGCCCAGAUUGCCAUUGUGGAAUUGAAGUCCAUUAUGUCAGCAGGUUUCUCCUGUGUGAUGCACGUGCAUACCGCUAUUGAGGAAGUCUCUAUCACUAGACUACUUCAUAAGCUGGAGAAGGGCACCAACAGAAAGUCCAAGAAGCCACCUGCCUUUGCUAAGAAGGGCAUGAAGAUAAUAGCGGUCCUUGAGACAGAGGAGCCAGUAUGUGUGGAAACCUACCAGGAUUACCCACACUUGGGUAGAUUCACAUUGAGAGACCAGGGUAUUACAAUCGCCAUCGGUAAGAUUGUGAAGAUCUUGGAAUGA